CUGACCCCGCGUGGGAAACGGACCUGAAGGACUCACUAAGGGGUACAUCUUCCUGGAGUAUGGGGCUCCCACUCAGGCUCUGGAGGCAGUGAAGAACGCUGACGGCUACAAGCUGGACAAGCAGCACACCUUCAGAGUCAAUGUGUUCACUGACUUCGACAAGUACAUGAGCAUCAGUGAUGAGUGGGAGACUCCUGAGAAGCAGCCCUUCAAGGACUUUGGUAACAUGCGUCACUGGAUGGAGGACCCUGACUGUCGUGACCAGUACAGCGUCAUCUACGAAUGAGAGAGGACCGCCAUCUUCAACAACGACGCCAAGGAUCCAAUCGUCUCCGAGGAGAGGGCGCGCUGGACAGAGACCUAUGUGCGCUGGUCUCCCAAGGGAACCUACCUGGCCACGUUCCACCAGCGAGGCAUUGCAUUGUGGGGCGGAGAGAAGUUCAAGCAGAUCCAACGUUUCAGCCCAGGAGUGUCUCUGAUCGACUUCUCCCCCUGCGAGAGGUACGUGGUGACGUUCAGUCCCCUGAUGGACACUAAGGAGGACCCCCAGGCCAUCAUCAUCUGGGACAUUCUGACUGGCCAGAAGAAGAGAGGCUUCCACUGUGAGAGCUCCGCCCACUGGCCCAUCUUCAAUCACGAUGGGAAGUUCUUUGCCAGGAUGACCCAGGACACACUGAGCAUCUAUGAGACCCCAUCCAUGGGCCUGUUGGAUAAGAAGAGUCUGAAGAUCAGUGGCAUCAAGGACUUCUCCUGGUCCCCAGGCGAUAACAUCAUAGCGUUCUGGGUCCCCGAGGACAAAGACAUCCCAGCCAGAGUGACUCUGAUGCAGCUUCCCUCCAGACAGGAGAUCAGAGUCAGGAACCUCUUCAAUGUGGUGGACUGUAAACUCCACUGGCAGAGACAGGGAGACUACCUCUGUGUCAAGGUGGACCGAACACCUAAAGGAACUCAGGGUGUGGUGACCAACUUUGAGAUCUUCAGGAUGAGAGAGAAGCAGGUUCCUGUUGACGUGGUGGAGAUGAAGGGAGACCCGAAUCUAAAACUGUGGGAGCCCAACGGCAGUAAGUUUGCCGUCCUGCACGGUGAAUCUCCCAGAAUCAACACCUCGUUCUACCACGUCAAGAACAACGGCAAGAUAGAACUCAUCAAGAUGUUUGACAAGCAGCAGGCCAACAGCAUCUUCUGGAGUCCUCAGGGACAGUUCAUGGUGCUGGCUGGACUCAGGAGUAUGAACGGGGCCCUGGCGUUUGUGGACACCUCUGACUGCACCAUGAUGAACAUGGUUGAACACUACAUGGCUUCUGACGUAGAGUGGGACCCUACGGGACGAUACCUGGUGACCUCUGUGUCCUGGUGGAGUCACAAGGUGGACAAUGCCUAUUGGCUGUGGACCUUCCAGGGGCGUCUCCUCCAGAAGAACAACAAGGAUCGUUUCUGUCAGCUACUCUGGAGACCUCGGCCUGCUACCCUGCUCACACAGGACUCCAUCAAGGUGAUCAAGAAGGACCUGAAGAAGUACUCCAAGAUCUUUGAGCAGAAGGAUCGUCUGAGCCAGUCGAAGGCCUCCAGGGAGCUGGUGGACAAGAGGCGGAGCAUGAUGGAGGACUACCGUACCUACAGAGAGGCUGCCCUGCAGCAGCACCACGAACAGAAGACCGCCCGCCUGCAGCUCCGAGGAGGAGUGGACACUGACGAGCUGGACAGUAACACAGAUGACUGGGAGGAGGAGACCAUUGAGUUUUUUAUCAACGAAGAAAUCAUUCCCCUCGGAGAGUAGUCCCCUACGCAGGUCCAUUUUUGCGUGGGGACUAGAGGGGGGGGGGGCGUUGCCUUGUCGACUGGAGGAGGGAAAACUACGCUGAGAAUCUUGGGAGUCGCCAGAGUUCCACCAUUCUCUCUUGGUGACAUCAUCAAAGCGUGCCUUGUGGUAUAGCGACUACAACAAGCUAACAACUGAGGGAGGAGGGAGGAAACCAACUCUUAAACUCUUUGUUUUUCAUCACCUUGGUCUUUUUCUGCCACUUUUUGAAAUAGUUUUUCUUUCUCAUAAUCUGUCCUCGCUCACUCACUUUCUAUUCUUCUUAUCUUGACUACACACCCCCCUUUGCAGUCUUUAACCGUCGUUAC